CAUCGUCGCGGACCCUUUUGCCAAGUUGUGGAAGUCAUGGCAGGGUCGCAGUUCGCCUACGUGCGCAACUUUGAGCUGCCAGAUCCAGUGCUGCCCAAUGUGUACAUGGUGGUGCGCAUCGAUGGCAAAGGAUUUCAUCGCUUCUCCGAUGCGCACGACUUUGCCAAGCCAAACGACGGCCGUGCACUGGAGCUCAUGAACGAGGCUGCGCGCCACGUCGUGCAAGCACUCAAGCCCGACGUCGUGCUGGCCUUUGGCGAGUCGGACGAGUACAGCUUCCUGCUCCGUCGGAGCUGCAGCCUGUACAAGCGCCGGGCCAGCAAGAUCCUCACGCAGAUCGUGUCGCUCUUUACGUCUGCCUACGUCUUUUGCUGGUCCGAGAUUAUGGGCAAGCAGGAGGAGCUGAAGUAUCCGCCGACAUUUGAUGGCAGACUUGUGGCAUACCCGACCGCAAAAGAGAUACGAGACUACUUUGCAUGGAGACAGGCCGAUACACACAUCAACAAUCUCUAUAAUACAACCUUCUGGGCGCUCGUCCAUGCCGACAAUGCAGAUGGGCUCGGGGAACGGAGGGCCCACGAGACACUCAAGGGAACGGUGUCUUCGGAAAAGAACGAGAUUCUAUUUAGCCGCUUCGGCAUCAAUUACGACAAGCUCGAGCCCAUGUUUCGCAAGGGCACGACGAUUGUCUGGGGUGAGAGUACACCAGAGGAAGAGGCAGAUGCGGAAGAGGACGCCGCCGCCGGUGCGGGAGAAGGGCCGAUGAAAAGCCAGGAGAAGGAGAAGGGCAACAGAAGCAGAGGGGCGCCCGAGCUUCGAACGCUGCAUGUAGAUAUCAUCGGCAAGGAGUUUUGGACGGCGCCAUCAGAACAACCUGGGCGAAGAGUCGAGAAGGCAGCACAGCACGGCGCGCAUUCAGAAGGCACCGAGGCAUGGCAGGACCCGAGGCGGGUAUCCAGCUACCAAGGACUCGGCCUGAGAGCCCUCGAGAGAUGAGCCAGAGGCAGGGCAAGGGGAACAGUAGUUUGCUAUUAGAUGUGUUUCUGAUUUCGAGUGUGCUAUAGUAGUGGUUAUUUGUAC